UCCUGCUCGUCCUUGUGUGUGUGGAGGUGCUGAGUGGGAGACCAGUCGACAGGCUUGUCCUUAAACAUGUUUGAAAACAGACCGAUUUUAAGUGGACAGUGUCUGGGUGAGGGAACAAAUAUCAACUGGAAUCUGCUGGAACGGGUUGCAUCUCGACUGCCCUGUUCACUACUAAAUGGGACUCUUCCCUCCACACGUCUGAAGCCCUCUUCACCCCUCUGCCUGUGCUGGGUGGACUUGGGUUUUUCCUGUUUUCUCAGAGGGAUGCUUAACCUUGCACCAUAUAUCUGUGCUCUGGGCGCUGACACAGGGAGCAGUCAGGCCUUUGCAAUUUGUGUGCCCUUUACCCUAAGUGCCUGAUUUUUUAAAUAUGUCUGCCCCCAGCUAACUCAGGGCAGACUCGGCUCACAACCUGCUUUCGGGUGUCUUCUGUUGCGCCGCUUUAGGACGGGUCACCCAGCAGCAACUCAGAGGACAGGGGACUUGGGACCAAGUGUUGCCCUGUGGAAGCUGCCCUCAGCGGGGUGUGUGCCCAGAAGGCUUCUGACCCCUUGCUGAUUUCCCGUGGAGGGCACAGCUUGGGCACGGGUGCCAGCCUCCACGGACACCACAGGUCAGGGCUUGCCCCAGCUAUGGAAACUUACACCUGUGUUCUUUCUCUCCCUGAGCAGAAGCUAGCCUAUUACUCCAAAAUGCAGGAAGCCCCCGAGUGCACCGCCAGCCCCAGCAGCAGCGGCAGCUCCUCCUUUUCUAGCCAAACUGCAGCCAGCAUAAAAGAGGAGGAAGGCAGCUCAGAGAAAGAGCGCCCGCCGGAAGCCGAGUACAUCAACUCCCGCUGCGUCCUCCUCACCUACUUCCAGGGGGACAUCAGCUCCGUGGUGGAUGAGCAUUUCAGCCGGGCCCUAAGCCAGCCCAGCAGCUACUCCCCGAGCUGUGCCAGCAGCAAAGCAGCCCGAAGCACAGGGCCUUGGCGAGGUGAGGAGGGGCCCUGCUGGGCAGUGGUGCUGAGCCCUCCUCCUGCAUCAACCCAGGGGACCUCAGACCCCAACUGGGAAGAAAGGCAGGAGGAUUCCCUGUAUCUGCAGCACAACUGUGUAGAGAAGUGUGAAGAAGCCACUUCCUUCUCCCUCAGGCCCAGCCUCGGGCUCGCUCCACCCCUCCGCCUCACAACACCCACUCCUGACAAAGUUGGACUUUCUCCUCAGACUGUGAACGCCUCAGCCUCGAAGGGAAGGGGUGUGUGCCUGGACAAAGCUGAAGAUGAUGAGGAAGAAGAAACAGACAUUAAAGAUGUCUGUUACUGUAAGUUCACUGUGUUGUUUCGUAAGAAGAUAAAGGUCACAGUUUUCCUUUAG